CUAUGUUGUCAUCGGGCCAUCUUCAACUCUAGCCAGGCCCGAGGAUCGAACAUGCAUAAAAUUGCAAAGGUUCUUGCCAUAUCUUGUAACUUAGCAAUGCUGACCAAGGCGGUGGUGCCCAUCCUCUUCCUCCUCACCGUCUCCCGCUGCGAGACCUCGCAGAGCUACGAUGCGAUAUACAACUUCGGCGACUCCAUCUCCGACACCGGCAACCUCUGCACGGGCGGCUGCCCGUCGUGGCUCACCAUGGGCCAGCCGCCGUACGGAACCAGCUACUUCGGCCGCCCGACCGGACGCUGCUCCGACGGUCGCGUCCUCGUCGACUUCCUCGCUCAGUUCUUCGGUCUGCCACUGCUUCCGCCGUCCAGGACGAACGGCACCGACUUCAGGAAAGGCGCAAACAUGGCCAUCAUCGGCGCCACCACCAUGAACUUGGACUUCUUCGAUUCUCACGGCCUGGGCAGCAGCAUCUGGAAUAACGGGCCUCUGGACACGCAAAUCCAGUGGUUCCAGCAGCUCAUGCCUUCCAUCUGCGGCGGCGCCAGUGAUUGCAUGAGCCACCUGAGCAAGUCCCUGUUCAUCUUGGGCGAGUUCGGGGGCAACGACUACAACGCCCCGAUCUUCGGCGGCAAGAGCCUCGACGAGAUCUACACCUACGUGCCACACGUCAUCAACAAGAUCACAAGCGGCGUAGAGACGCUGAUCGGGCUGGGCGCGGUGGACGUGGUGGUGCCGGGCGUUCUGCCGAUCGGGUGCUUCCCGCUGUACCUGACCCUGUACGGGAGCUCCAACCAGAGCGACUACGACGGGGACGGCUGCCUCCAGCGCUUCAACGACCUGUCCCGCUACCACAACCAGCUGCUCAAGCAGGGGAUCUGCAGCCUCCAGAGCAAGUACGCCGGCGUCAGGCUCAUGUACGCCGACUUCUAUACCCAGGUCACGGACAUGCUCCGUUCUCCACAGAGCUUCGGACUGGCACACGGCUUGAAUGUUUGUUGUGGCGCGAGCGGCCAAGGGUCCUACAACUACAAUAACGAAGCGAGGUGUGGAAUGCCCGGCUCGAGCGCCUGCAAGGACCCGGAGAACUACUUGAACUGGGACGGCAUCCACUUGACUGAGGCUGCCUACCGUUCGAUCGCGUAUGGGUGGCUCACAGGGCCCUACUGUGUGCCCGCUAUUCUGCAUUGAGCUACUGAUGGCUACGCGUAUUGUAAUAAACUAAUAAUUCUAGGGGAUGUUGUCGACUAGAUAAUAUAGUGGGGUGACGUUUCUGAUGGG